CUAACUCGGCCGUGACGUCACUGGAAGGCGGCGUUAAAAAGAUCGAAAGUACGCCGAUAGAUGGAUGUGUGUCAGUAGGUUUCCUCCGUUUAUACCUACCCACAUAAAGGAUCCAUAGGUCGUAUUUUUUCCCGGUAUAUUUUGGACGUACCGAGUUAAACGAGAAUGACUCCGUUAACAUCAGCGUGUCUCUGCGUGGUUCUGUUUUUCUUUUGUGCCGUGGAUUCGGCCUCUUCAGACAAGAAACUCAUCACACCUGAGUCUGGACAGGACGUCACAAUGACAUGUGCAGUUCCACAAGGCAAAACCAUCAGAGCUGUGAAGUGGAGCAGAGCUGACCUGGGAGAUAAAUAUGUGCUUUUGUACCAGGAUGGGCAGCUGGAUCCAGAAAACCAGCAUCCAUCUUUUAAGAACCGGGUGGAUCUGCAGAACAGACAGAUGAAGGAUGGAGACGUGUCUUUGAUUCUGAAGGCUGUGACAAGUAAUGAUGAUGGCUCAUACAAGUGUCGUGUUCUUGUGAGUGAAUCAGCAUCAUGGGAGAUCAUGGGAACCGUCAACAUGAGUGUCGGUCUCCCAGGUCAGCCACAGGGUCUCACUGAUGUAUGGAUAGCUAUUGUGAUAGGUAUUACUUUUGUUGCUGCUUUUGGUUUGUGUUGCGUUGGGCUUUUCAUCUACUACAAAUGCAAAAAUCCACGAAAUCGGGUACUGUAGUAGUCUCGUGUUGAUCAUCUCCAGAUUUGAAAACACUGAAAUGAACCAUUUACUAGCUAAUGCUAGUUAAAAAUAAAUAAAUAAAUUCAAAAAAUUAAAAGGCAACCAGGUGGUCUAAUUUUUGCGGGAAUGUUUUCAAGAGCAAUGAAGGUUUUAAAAAGCACCAAAUUUAAUCCUGUGUGUAUGUAGUUUUAGGGCCUGCAACACUAAAAAUAUUCAUAGUAUGAAGGCAAAAAUAUGCAUGAAUUUAUUAAACAUAUUAAAGCUAUUGGACAAAAAAGCAGCUGAUUCUGAAGGGGUCAGCUAAAAGCCACCACCUUAUUAAGAAAACCAUGACCUCAUACUUAAUAUGUUACUUAAUCAAACUUUGACCAAACUACUUCUUAAUUUAUACCUUUACUAUAAACUUGUAUAAAGCCUACAAUGUGGCCACUUAAGUGUAAGGAGAUGUUAUUAAUGCCUGUGACAGAUGUGCCUGUCUUACUAAAAGAAUACUAGCUGCUCCUGGAGUUUCUCUCUUUAAGUCAAUCUAAUCUCUUCAAGUCAAAAAGUGGCACCAAAAAAACUCAUAGCCAGAUCUGCAUGGGAGGAAAUACUGGUACCUAACAAGUCAAUCAGUCAUCGUGGACUGAGUCGAUACAACAUGCAGCUACACUUAUAGAGAUGUGCAAAUCAGGUCAUGUGGUAGUGUUAAAGAAGGGUUUACAGUCAUGAUGCACCUCUAGCACUGAUUUACUUCAGAAGCGUGUAUAGUGAAGCCAACAGGAAGAAAAAAACUAACAACAAAUAAAAUUUAAAUAGGAAAAGAUUUUUUUUAAAUGUGCAAAUGCAUAAAGCCAUCUUUAUGCAUUCAGUUUAUUUGUCAAUGUCAAAGAACUUUGUAACGGAUGUGCUGCACACAGUAUCUGAUUUGUAACUUUGGACACUUUUCAAGCCUUUCAUCUUAACUGUAACUUCAUUGCUGAGCUCUCGAGUUAAACUGUCUUUGGAGGAAACUUCACUGUGAAACUCUGAGCUGAGGAACAAACUCUUCAUCAUCCUCAUCCUCAGCAAACAGCACGAGUCUCAUCCGGUGGUGAAAACAGAUAAUAGAAUUCCUCACAACGUCCCAACACAAGCACCGAAAUGUUUUUGUUCUUUUAUUAUUAUUAUUGUAAUUUUUUUUUUUAUCAUUAUAUUUCCGUCAGUUCUGUGCAGUUGACCAAUAGGAGCACAGAGCAGUGAUUGUCUCAGUUUUUUUGCAGAGUGCAGCUGUUACACGAGACCUGCAGACUGAGAAAAUUCUGCUUUUUGUACCACAUUGUUGUGCACCAACAUGCUGUAUAUAAAUGCAUCUGUCAUUGUAAGAAAUCACUUUUUUACAGUUGUUCAUAAAUCUGAACUUUUAUAAACAGAGUUUAACAUCCGUUUCUUCCUCCUGAGACCUGCUGUCCUCACAUGGAGUCGUUACUUUUUAACUUUCUGCACCUUAUGCUGUGUUCUUCUCAAAGUCUUAGGGUAAGCAGUUUUGCCUUUAUUAUGUUAGGUCAUAAAAGCAUUGUCUCCAUAUGAGGACCUGUUUUAAAAAAACAAAAAAACCAACAACAACAACACGUAUUUCUUAUGUUUACCAGGUCUAUCUAGCCUGAAAUAAUCAGGAUCAAAUAAAAAUGCAUCCCAAACUAGAGUUCAGGAGGUUAAACUGAGUCAGACCAACAGUCCUAAUGAAGAGAUGAACUUUAAUUCUGCAGAACUAUAGUCAUAAUGCAGGUUUUUAACACAAUGAAACCAAAGAGUUUUAUGAAUUUGGGAUGUUAAAUGAUGGAACAUACAUCUACGCUUAAAUACUGUAUAAACUACAUUAAACCAAUAUGUUGACAGAUUUAUAUUUUUAAAACAUUAAAAAAAUAGUCUGUAAAUAAGUGUGAAUGAAAUCCACCGUUGCAGAACAUCAAAAUAAUUUCUUUGUUGAUGGAUUCAUGAAAAUCUGCUCCUUUCUGAGCCAUAAUGUGAUUUUAUUGUUCAUUAAAAAUUAUUUGAUCUUUAAGUCUUUAAUGCUUUUCUGUUAAAUAAAAAAAAAUAAGAAGAAAA